AUAUAAAAGUCUACUAAAAUUGAACUAAUUUUUAAAGCAUUCAAAGCACACUUUUAAGCAGCUCAGUAUUACAAACACAUUUCAUAGUUUCUCAAGCUAUAUCAUACUAUAGAUUAAUGCAAAGACUGACAGUUGUGUACAGUGUGGUGUUGGAAAUUAUGUCUUAGUUUAAUCAUUUUAAUCGGUCAGGAUUAGUUAUAACAUGCGUGAAUGCGGGAUGUAAUGCCACGUUAUUAAUUAUAUUUUUGAAACGUAAUUAAACUCAGGACAAUAUUAUGUAUCUCACGACUUUAUAUCCUGCAUUUAAGCAUAUAUUGGGAGUUUAGUUUAAAUAUGAAUAAAUUAUAUCAAUAAAUGUUGGUAAAAAUUGGUAAUCUCAUUGGUAUUGAUAGCUUUUGGACUCUGUGAUUUAUCCUUUGAAUCAAAUAAUUGUAAUAUGAAUGUCUUUUUUGUAUGUGAAUUUCUAUUUUGUGUGAACAGGACUUUUAUUUUGGUGUGGCGACAUGAUGUCAUAAGGCUGUGACACGUUCCUGCAUCUGUGAUUCUUCAGAAGAAAGAGUGUCCAAACACACAGCGAAACUCCUGGUGAAGCGACUGAGAUCCACGUGACACACUAUUAUAAAGAUGGAGUUUAUUAAAGAGGAGAGUGAAGACGUGAAGAUUGAAGAAACAUUCAGAGUCAAACAAGAUACUGAGGAACAAACAGAUCUGAUGACAUUGAAAGAAGAGAGUCAAGAACUGAAUGAAAGUGGAGAGAAAAAUCAGGAUGAGAAAUGUCCAGAUUUCAUGACAGGGGAGAAAUCUACUAGUUCCUCACAGACUCUUAAAACAGAAACUAGAAACCUCCAGAUGAGAGUUCACACUGGAGAAAAGCCUCUGACCUGCCAACAGUGUGGAAAGAGUUUCACUCGAAAAGAAAGCCUUAAAGUUCACAUGAGAAUUCACACUGGAGAGAAGCCUUACACCUGUCAACAGUGUGGAAAGAGUUUCAGUCGAAAAGAAAGCCUUAAAGUCCAUUUGAAAAUCCACACUGGAGAGAAGCCGUUUAUAUGCACUCAGUGUGGAAAGAUAUUUACACAGAAAAAAAACCUUAAUGCCCACAUGAGAAAUCACUCUGGAGAGAAGCCUUACACCUGCAAACUGUGUGAGAAGAGCUUCUCACGAAAAGAAAGUUUUAAGGCUCACAUGACAGUUCACACUGGAGAGAGGCCGUUUGUUUGUGAUCAGUUUGGAAAGAGUUUCAUAUGUAAAGAAUACCUUAAUCAUCACAUGAGGAUUCACACAGGAGAGUACUGUUUUAUAUGUCAUCACUGUGGAAAGAGUUUCACAAAAAGAAUAAACCUUGAGAAUCACAUGAGAAUUCACACUGGAGAGAAGCCUUUCAUCUGCCCUCAGUGUGGAAAGAGCUGCACAACGAAAGGAAACCUUAAUAUUCACAUGAGAGUUCACACUGGAGAGAAGCCUUACAAGUGUCUUCAGUGUGACACGAGUUUCACGUAUCACGCAUACCUGAAACGGCAUUUGAAAACUCAUUCUGAAAAGAAAACACUGUUUUCCUCAGUGUGAUAAUGGGUUUAGAAAUAGGAACAGUUUCAUCUGUGCAUUCACUCUGGAGAAAGACAGUUCAAUUGCAAUCGUCUAAUAUAAACAUCACACUUACAAAUACAUAUAAAUAGUCAUGUAAAUGAGAGACCCUGUUUGUGUUCUUUGUUUAAAGAGUAUAUGUAUCUGUUAGAAAUUAGGGCUACUUUCACUCUGCAGCUGAAUGUGGGCUUCAUAUGACUGUCCACUUCUUUUAUUUGUACCGUUAUGUUUAAUUAUAUCCUUUUAUUUAUAUUCUUCACAAUAUCUUUGCUGCUGUAGUUUCAAACAUUAAGUGUUUAAGGUAAGCGGCAUUUUUAUUUAGACUAUCAAGAGGCAGGUAAACAACAUCGUACUCCCAUUGGUCUAUGGCAUGCAACGUCAACUGGCGGCCCGCGGGCCAAAUCCGGCCCGCCAGAGAUUUCCAUCCAGCCCCCAGAAUAAUACUGAAUUCAGGAAUAGCCUUGUAAGAGGAAAAAGUUUAGGGCU